AUGGCGACGACCGCGGCGUCGUUCCCGACGCAGAUGGGGCAGUUCCUGAUGGAGAACGUGAGGUUUUCCAGCAGCGAUUGGAUGCUCCUCGUGUCUAACAUGAUCGCAUGCGCGUUCGUGUACUACUUUUUGCGCCUCUUGAAGCUUCCUGACCACUCGUGGUACUUGACGCUUUAUUCGUCCUUUGUGACAUCGUUUGUCGGUUUGUAUCUGUUCUAUCACGUCUGCCACGACGGAUUCACGGCGACGAUCGACAACGAGACGGAUAUCUCACGGUACGCGGCCAUCUUCUUCAUCGGUUACUGCAUCAUGGACCUCUUCCUCGGGAGCAUUCACUAUGAAAACUUGCUGACGUACGACGACGGCUGGACGCACCACUUUUUGUACAUCGCGGUGUGCGCGUACCUUCUUCACGACGGCCUCACCUCCUUGUUCGCCAUCGCACUCGUUGAAGAGGUUCCAAUCUUGAUUCUUGCCUUCCACGAGGUGCAAAACAAGUCGAGACCGAGUCUUUUGUUCGGCAUCUUGUACUUUCUCACGCGCAUUGUGUUCCACACCGUUUUGAUUUACAAGGCGGCGCAGUUCUCAAACUUGGUCUUCACCGUGGGCCUGAGUUUGCUGAUUUUGCACGUCAAAGAGUUUCAAAGAUGGGUGCGCGGAUACCUGAUGCGCUCGCACGGCCGCACGCGCAUGCCGUACAGGGCAAAGCUCGCGCUCUUCUGUUCGUUGUUGGUUGCGCACGCGUGCGCGCACUGCUACGCUGCUUACGAUUUGGUGUUCGAUAAGUACACGCAACCGCCGUCUUCGCCAGUCGUCGCGAUGCACGCCGUCAUCAUCCUGUUCUUCAUGUACCGAUUUGGUGUCGUCAUUCACGACGUGUACACUCAGAACUUCAUCAUGACGUCUAUUGGUCGCAAGAAGAUCAUCUACAACAUCUCAUGGGAAGAUCCCGCCGUCGAUCACAAUGUGAUGCACAUGAACGAUCAGGACACAGUACUCACGAUUUCUUCCGCCGGUUGCAAUGUCCUCGAUUACUUGUGCGAAGGACCGAAGAAGAUCAUCGCGGUCGACAUGAACGCCGCGCAGUUGCACACUCUCGAGCUCAAGCUCGCGUGCAUCCGAGCGCUGAAGUGGGAGGAGUUCUUCGACAUUUGGGGUCGCUCCAACUACAAGGUGUUCAAGUCAGUGUACGAAUCGAAGUUGCGUCCGCUUCUCAAGAAAGAAACAGCCGAGUUCUGGGACGAUAACCACAACUUAUUUCGGGACAAUUUCAUGUACGCCGGCACCUCUGGCUUAAUGGCAAGGAUCUUAUGCCUGCCGUUGCGCUUGUCGGGCAUUCGCAAACGAGUGAUGAACCGCGAAAACUUUGAUGAACGCGGUGGUAUUUUGCUCUGGCUCACCCUCAAGCUGUGCUCGGCGACGUUCUUGUGGAGCUGGAUUGCCCCGCUCGGUGGGGUGCCGCUCGAGCAACUGAACUUGUUGAGCCGUAACCCGCAUGUUUUCGUCGAACGGUUGAUCGAAGUCCUCACCGUUCGCGUGUGGAAACCGAAUAACUACUUCUACUACGGCUACAUCGUGGGCGAAUUCGCUCCCGACUGCUGUCCGCGUUAUUUGGAAAAGAAGAACUUUGCCAACCUCAAGAAGCGAUGGGAUCGCGUCGAGUUGUUCCACGGAACGUGGGCGGACGCCGCGGUGCGAUCUGGUCCGGGUUCGAUCACGAUCGCCUCUCUACUUGAUUCGAUGGAUUGGAUGCCGGCGGAAAUGAUCGCGGAGAACAUCUCCAAGGUUGUCGCCAACAUGGACAAGGAGAAUGGGCGCAUUUUCUGGCGCUCGUUUGCCGACCGCGUGCACUCGCCCGUGCUCGCACACCUCGACGGUACUCUCGUUCCGGAUUACGAUCGCGUUGGAUGGUACCUGACACAGUUUAUUGCCCCGACGCCGGAGAACUACAACCCAGCGAUGAUCGUGCAGCAGGGCAGCGGCAGGACGUUCAAGAACUCUUUCCUCGGCGAUGUCUCCGUGAUGCUCGCCAUGGCAAAGCAAGGAUUGAGCAAGGUGAAGGACGUGCGCGCGUUCUACAAGCACCAGGGCAAGCGUUACGAUGGAUUCCGUGAGGCGUUACUCCCGGGUCGCGAGGUUUUCAUGCGCCACGUCAUUCCGUGGGCGAAGGAACCAACGACGUGGAUCUCCGUCGGCUGUGGCACCGCGCGCGACAUCGAGUUCGUCGUCGGCCACGUGAAGAAGUGCAAGACGAAGGUGUACUUGUGCGACUUAUCCGACGCUUUACUCGAGAUGGCUCGCGAACGCGUCGAGGAGCUCGGGCUCACGAAGCAAGUGGUCUUGGUCGAGGGUGACAUCAACAGCGCCGCGGUGAAGAAGAAGCUUCCCAAGCAGGUCGAUUUAGUGACGUGCUCAUACUGCGUGACGAUGAUCCCCGAGUGGAAGAAGGCGAUGAAGACGAUGUCGGAUCUCGUCGCCUCAGGCGGUAACUUGGCGCUCAUUGAUUUCGUCGAGCGCGAAGGAAGAGAGCGCACCUGGGAGCAGCGAUUAUAUAAGUGGUGGUUCGCCAUGGAUGGAGUCUUCUUCAACAAGGAGCAUCGCGAGUGGCUACUGAACCAAAAGGGGUUUAAAACGGUGUGGAUGAGCGAAGAGGAGGGCAGAGUGCCAUACACCCCGUACAGGCCGACGCAUUACAUGUACUGCGGCGAAAAGCUUUGA